AUGAUAGCCACCGAAGUAGCCGGUAUAGUCGGCUCUCUAGCACCCAGCAAGGUUUUCCUCGUCGCAUUUGCCGUACUGAACUGGAAAUCUCUCCCCUUCGCAUGGACGGCUCGUCUCGUCUACUGGUUCAUCCGUGGCCUCUACGACCUCGCCCACCCGCCCAGCAACCCCAGCCCGCCCGUCGACCUGCAAGGCCAGCCAACCCACCCGAUCUUCGCCGUCGGCACCACCACCUCCUACUGCUCCUUGCUCGAGACGGAUUACAACUUCCAUAAAUCCAACAGCACCUACUACGCCGACCUUGACGCCUCGCGCAUCACGCCCAUGGCCUACUUCUAUUGGCCCGGGCGCGAGAAAGUGGGCGCGGAGAUCGAUGCCGAACUCGCCGCCCAGGCCGCAGCAGCGGGGAGCCCGCCUCCGAAACGGGCACCGAUCUUCAUCGCCCUCGGCGGCGUGUACUGCAGUUUCAAGAAGGAGAUCAAGCCGUUUGAGCGGUACGAGAUGCGGUCGCAGGUGGUGGCCUGGGAUCGGAAGUGGAUAUACGUGCUGACGCACUUUGUGAAGACGGGCAAGCGGAACAAGGAUGGGAGCCACGUAGUCGCGGCGGUGGGCAUGAGCAAGUACUGUGUGAAGAAGGGGAGACUGACGGUGCCCGUGGAGAGGUUGCUCGCCGCCGGGGGGAAGGUGCCUCCUAAGCCGGUGGCUGUGGUGGACAAGGCCAGUGCGAGCAGCGCCGAUGCAAAGUUCGAGUUCACACCUUCAGGCAAGGUGGGAAGUGAGUGGACGUGGGAGCAGAUCGAGGCGCAGCGGCUGCGAGGGUUGAAGUACUGCCAGUCCUUCAUGGGGAUUGAUGAUGAUGUUUACGGAAGUUCAUAG